GGCGCUACGGUAGUUGGCUGAGAUUGUGCAAAAUACACAGAAGAAGAAUUUCAACUGUAGUUGUCAUAGCUGUAGUCGGGCCACUGUGACACAUUUUUCACCAUGAAAUAACAAAGAGCACUUUCAACUAUCAUCGUCCUCAAAAUGUGGAGGUUAAACAAAGUUCGCCACAAAGCUGGUCGUCCAGGCGGCAACCUGGAGGAGCUCAAGUUGAAGAGGCGGGAGCAUGAGAAAGCACUGAGACAGGCCCGCAGAGACAGACAGCUAGUGAGCAAGAGGCUCCUGCUGAAUGAAGACGAAGACCAGCCAGACGUCACCAUGGACACUGACUCGGGGGAUCAGGACGUGGUCAGCUUGUACCACAAGCUGCUACACAGUGGGCAAGAGAGGGAGGCCCACCUGAAAGCAUUGAGCAGAGCGCUCCGUGACCCAUCGGCACAGCUCACAUUCAUCAAGCAGGAAAACAGCAUGCAUCUUCUGGUUGGUCUCCUCACUGGCUCUAAUGCUACGUGCCGCCUGCAGGCUGUCAGGUGUCUUCAUGAGCUGUCGCACUCUCCUCACACCAACAUGGCACCAGCCUGUCUGCCUGCCACCCCUUACCUGCUCACCUAUCUGUCCGGUCAGAGCACCAAGUUUACUGAGCUGUGUCUCUACACACUCGGUAAUUUGUGCCCAGACAGUGAUGUUGUACAAGACAAACUCCUGGCCCAGGGCAUCAUUCCAGCUCUGGCCAACUGUAUAGAGAACCAGAGACAUAACCUCGCGGUGGUGGAAGCAGCAGGGUUUACCCUCUCUCAGCUUCUCCAGGCCAAAGAUGCAGCAGAGAAAAUAAUCCCAAUGGUCCUGGCCUCCAGGUUGCCUUCACACUUGUUAUCAGUCCUGACUCCCGACCCAAAGUUUGGGCUGGCACCUGCCAUUGAGUGUGCAUGGUGUCUGCACUACCUCACAUGCAGCUCUGAGGAUAACACUAUGCUGUUGGCUCAUGGGGCUCUGCUGAAAUGCAGUUCACUGUUGGUGUCACUAGGUGGUGCUGUGGCUGAAGGAAACAAAGAAGAAGGAAUGGAGCUGCUCAUUUGUCCCCUGCUGAGGUGUGUGGGAAACCUCCUGUCCUGUUGCCCAGUGGAAAACUUGAACGCUCAAGUGAGUGACGAUCACAUUGUGGUUGCUCUGUGUGCACUUCUUCGGGCGUACCUGCAGACCCAGCCGUCCUUGGCCAGAGAGAGCGCCUGGGUGCUCAACAACCUCACAGCUCACUCCAGUGCUUUGUGCUCUGCUCUGCUGACUCUCAACUUGGUGCCUGGACUGAUCCAGCUGCUCUCUUUCUCUCAAGGCAUCAAUAUCAUGAUCCUGAGGGUUAUAGCAAAUAUUGCCCACAAGAAAAAGGAGUUCUGUGUCCAGCUGGUCCGUCUUGGACUGCUGUCUGCACUCUUUGCCACACUGAAAAUGGCCAACCAAGACAUGGUGACUCUGAGUAUGGAUGUCCUGUUCAUGCUGGUCGUUAGUAGUCCACAGGUGUCCGAGCAGUUUGUUAAGCAAGGAGGACUUUCCCUUUUAGAAGCCAUUCAGUACAACAGCGAGGGAGAGAUUAGACGAAGAGCAACACAUCUCCUGGAGCACCACCUGCUGUCCUACUCAUCCUAUUGCACGGUGGACAGCAUCCCAUGUUCCUGAACCAACAGGAAGGCAACACUGUGGUGCAGUGUGCCUCAAAACAUCGACACAAUGAGGACACACCUGAGAAUACCUCUUGUUUAUUUUGUGCAAAGUUUCUAAUGGAUGAACAAUAUUUAAUAUGAUCUGCUGGUAUUUUGAUGUAUCACCAUCUUCAGUGUUGUUUUCUUAGCGGUAUUUUAAUAUAUUAUUUAUAUAGAUAUUUUUAAUACCUGUGACUCUGCCUCUGUGCAAUUAAUGACUGUACUUUCAACAAAUGAAUGAAUUAUGAAUUAAUAAAUAUCACGUUUUUCACAUCU